AUGCUAAACAGCAAACCUCUGGAACUUAUUUACAGCAAUGAGGAUCCGGCUACAUAUUUGCACUACAAUGGAACCAAAACAACUCAAGAUUUACUCUUGGCUUCUAGCGACAUCAGUGAGCAUACACACAGCAAAAUAAUUGACGAUCGUGGUUCUGGUCACAAACCAGUCAUUGCUAGUAUCACCAUCGGCAGCAAAAGCAUGUCAAGGAAAGUGCCAACUAAUCUAACAUGGAACUUCAAAAAGGCUGACUGGCCAAGAUUCACUAACCUUUUAGACCCAAUUCCUUGA